CCUGCAGGAUUACGUAUUUUGGAUUAUGAGUUUGGCUUUCCCGAACUGCUUCCGGGCGACACUUCGGGCGGAUGGCCCGGUUUGGAUGGCGUAUCUAGGACCUCGGUUCGCCCCGUCGCGCUUCGUCCUCCCCGGUGUGUCCGCCUUCAGACGCCUCGGCUCGGUCGGGAUGGACGGAAUGGGUCUGGCCGUGAGUCGGUCCCCUCUGGAGCGACUGGAUUUUGACAACGUCGCCCUGAGGAAGCUUCCCCUGGAAGGGUCGGAGGAGCCCGGCGUGCGGCAGGUGAAAGGGGCGUGCUUCUCCCGGGUGAAGCCGCAGCCGCUCACCAAGCCCCGGUUCGUGGCGGUGUCGCACGAAGCCCUGGCGCUGCUGGGACUCUCCGGGGAGGAGGUGCUGGGCGACGAGCUGGGGCCGGAGUACCUGAGCGGCUCCAGGGUGAUGCCCGGGUCCGAGCCCGCCGCGCACUGCUACUGCGGACACCAGUUCGGGCAGUUCGCGGGGCAACUGGGCGACGGAGCGGCGUGCUACCUGGGAGAGGUGAAGGUUCCCCCCGGCCAGGAUCCCGAGCUGCUCCGGGAAAACCCGAGCGGCCGCUGGGAGAUCCAGGUGAAAGGAGCUGGACUGACUCCUUAUUCCAGACAAGCCGACGGCCGGAAGGUGCUGCGCUCCAGCAUCAGAGAGUUCCUGUGCAGCGAGGCCAUGUUCUUCCUGGGCAUCCCCACCACCAGAGCUGGCUCCGUGGUGACCUCUGACAGCAGGGUCAUACGGGACGUGUACUACAGCGGGCACCCUCGCCACGAGAGGUGCUCCGUAGUUCUCCGCAUUGCUCCCACCUUCCUCAGGUUCGGAUCCUUUGAGAUCUUCAAGCAGGCCGACGAGCUCACCGGCCGCCAGGGACCCAGCUACGGCCGCGACGAGAUCCGAGGCCAGAUGAUGGAUUAUGUCAUCGAGAUGUUUUACCCUGAGAUCCAACAGAAUUAUCCAGAGCGGGUGGAGAGGAAUGUGGCUUUCUUCAGAGAGGUGAUGCUUCGCACGGCUCGCCUGGUGGCUCAGUGGCAGUGUGUGGGUUUCUGUCACGGAGUCCUGAACACAGACAACAUGAGCAUCCUCGGACUCACGCUGGACUACGGCCCCUAUGGCUUCAUGGACCGGUUUGAUCCCGAUUUCAUCUGCAAUGCCUCUGACAACUCGGGCCGGUACUCCUACCAGGCCCAGCCGGCCAUCUGCAGGUGGAACCUGGUGAAGCUGGCCGAGGCUCUGGCUCCAGAGCUGCCUCCAGACCGGGCGGAGGCCGUCAUGGACGAGUACCUGGAUCUUUUUAACCGAUUUUAUGUGGACAACAUGAGGAAGAAGCUGGGCUUAUUGAUCAAAGAGGAACCCGAGGAUGAGAUCCUGAUCACUGAGCUGCUGAGGACGAUGCACAACACGGGCGCCGACUUCACAAACACCUUUCGUAGUUUGAGUCAGAUCUCCUGCCCCACGGAGGGGCAAAGCGAUGGAGAAGGAGAUGCUGUGAAGAAAGCCACAGACCUUCUGCUGGAGCAGUGCGCCUCCAUAGAGGAGCUCAAAGCUGCUAACAAACCCACAAUGGAUCCGCGCGAGCUGGCGAUGCUGCUCUCCCUGGCUCAGAGCAACCCCUCGCUUUUCCAGAUGAUCUCAGACCGGGCGACGAUCGCGAGGCAGUUGGACAAACUCAGCCGACUUAAAGAUCUAAUGGAGACCAGCCAGGAGGAGCUGAAAGCCAAACAGGCAGAGGACUGGACCGCCUGGAUCACACGUUAUCGGAAACGUCUGGGCCGCGAGCUGGAAGGCCAGAGUGAUGUGCUGGCGGUUGAGGAGGAGCGAGUGCGCGUGAUGAACAGCAGCAACCCUCGUGUCGUGCUCAGGAACUACAUCGCCCAGAACGCCAUCGAAGCCGCCGAGAACGGAGACUUCGCUGAGGUCCAGCGUGUCCUCCGAGUCCUGGAGAAGCCUUUCUCCUCGCAGCCGGGCCUGGAGCUUCCUGCCUGGGUGGGCGGGGGCGGGGCGGCCGCACGGGGAGAGCGGGACGAAGGAGAGGAAGAGGCCUCCACGUCCACGUCCAGAAACCCCGUCCCCUACGACAGCAAGCCUCCGACCUGGGCCACUGAAAUCUGCGUCACAUGAUCUUCGUAAAAACUUCCUUGACUGUCAGAUUUCCUGCCUAAAAAUGAUCAGAGAGUUUGAUAAAGUUUAGUGAAAGGGUUGUGUUUUUUUAAACCCUUUUUCUGUCCCACCAAGCUCUCGGCUCUCUGGGCAGGCUGCGUCAGGGAAGUUAUCUCUGGGAACGACUCCUCGCCGGCCGGCUGGACACAGAACAGACAGGAUGUUGGUGGAAUUUGGUUCUACACUCGCAUGAAUUUGAAAAAUAACCUGUUGCUACAGGUGAUGGGUUUUGUGUGCUACUCAGAGUGUUUUUGGAAAACUGUAUGUUUCUGUUGGCUUUAAGUUGUUAGACGAUGGUCACGAAAAACACAAAAUUCAAGUUGAUUUUUUGCAUUAUCAUGAAAUGCUGUACUAUUCAAUCAGUACUAUUCAAUCAGUUUUAUUGGAUUUCCUGCCUUGUACAAACUCCACUCAGCUUUUCUCUCUGUCUGUGUUCAGUUGGCUCUUAAUGACGAGUCAGGCAACAAGUCCGACUGCGACCUGUCUGAUUCUGACAAACAGAGGCGUCACCUCAACAUAUACCAAAUAAGAUGCAAGUGU